AUAGUCGCUUUGGUUCAAAACUGAAGGUGUCCAACUAAAGCAUGUCUCCAAAAUGCCAAAGGACAACACAAAAGGACAUUUCUUUAUGAUUUUGUUGUGUGACAACACUAAAUAUCUGGCUACCCGGAGGAUUGUCCGUCCAUCCGAAUAGAAUCAUUUCCGAUGGGGAGGUUUAUUUUGUCCGCAACAAAGGGGGAGGAAUAUUGUCGACGCACAGCGUCUCCAGCUGCCUGCCCAGACUACACAACAAGAGUCUACUUUUGCCGUAAUGGGGGAGAAACCGUUGAAGAUCCUCGCAUGUGGUGAUGUAGAAGGAAGCAUUAAUGCUGUGUUUAACCGCGUCCGGACCAUCCAGAAGAAGAGCGGGCAGUUUGAUCUGCUGCUGUGUGUAGGAAACUUCUUCGGUUCGUCUCCAGGAGCUCAGGCUGAAUGGCAGGAGUACAAAUCUGGAGCGAAGAAAGCUCCCAUCCACACCUACAUCCUGGGAGCAGCCAGCCAGGAAACCCUCCGCUUCUUCCCCAGUGCUGACGGCUGUGAGCUGGCAGACAACAUCACCUACCUGGGUCGUCGUGGUGUUUUCACUGGGGCGUCAGGCCUGCAGAUAGCAUAUGUGAGUGGUCGUGAGGGGCAGCAGGAUCCGACUCCAGCUCACUGCUUCUCUCCUAAAGACCUCACUCAGCUGGUGGAGCCACUGAUUAGCAACAACCAGUUCAGAGGAGUGGACAUCCUGCUGACAUCACAGUGGCCCCGCGGAGUCUGGCAGUACGCCAACAGCCCCGAAGUCAACACUAAGUUCUGUGGAACGACCUCCAUCUCCCACCUGGCUCACAAGCUGAAGCCUCGCUAUCACUUUGCUGCGGUAGAAGGAGUUCACUAUGAGAGACUACCUUACAGGAAUCAUGUUGUUCUUCAGGAGAAUACUCAGCACGUCAGCAGAUUUAUCGCCCUGGCAACCGUCAACAACCCAGAGAAGAGAAAGUACCUGUAUGCCUUCAACAUUAUCCCGAUGAAAAGCAUGGAGGCAUCAGAACUGGUCAAGCAGCCUCAGGAUGUCACUGAGAGCCCUUACAGCAGGAUGGUUAGAGAGAACACUCUAUCUGACCCUACUGUCCAGGAGCCGGCAUCUCAGUUCUUCUUUGACCUGGGGAAGAAGCAGCGUGGAGGGGGGCGUGGCCAGGGGGGGCGUGGUAGGAAGAGGCCCUCAGACGGAGACGGGCAGAAUCAAGGACAGCCGUGGGAUUCAGACCGGCAGAGUCAGAGACUGCCCUUAGAUCUAGACAGGCCUAAACAACCCCGUAGGCCCCCUCAGCCCAGCGGUCCCUGUUGGUUCUGUCUGGCCAGCCCUCAGGUAGAGAAACACCUGGUCAUCAGCAUUGGGACACAUUGCUACCUGGCCCUUGCUAAGGGCAGUCUAACCCCUCAGCAUGUGUUGGUACUGCCCAUCGGUCACUACCAGUCAGUAGUGGAACUGAGCUCUGAGGUGGUUAAAGAACUGGACCGAUACAAGAUGGCUGUCAGGACCUUCUAUAAGAGCAAAGGACAGCGCUGUGUUCUGUUUGAGAGGAACUACCACAGCCAACACCUACAGAUCCAGGUAGUACCAGUACCGGAGGAGAAGUGUACCACUGAGGAUAUUAAAGAAGCCUUCAUGCUGCAGGCGCAGGAACAGAACAUGGAGCUGAUGGAGAUACCGCAACACACUGACCUCAAACAGAUUGCUCCUCCAGGGACACCGUACUUCUACGUAGAGCUGGACUCUGGAGAGAAACUCUUCUACCGCAUUCAGAAAAACUUCCCUCUGCAGUUUGGCAGGGAGGUGUUGGCCAGCGAGGCGUUGCUGAACAUCCCGGAGAGGGCCGACUGGAGACAGUGUAAACAGACCCCAGAGGAGGAGGAGGGUCUGAGCAAACAACUACGAAACGACUUCCAACCAUACGACUUUGCCCUGGAAGACUGAACACCGACAGACAAUGUACCGUACAGGAGGGGUGUAAUGGUACACGUUUUCAUCCUGAACCAUUGGGUACGGGGACUUGUGGAUUAACAACACCAGUCCUAUAGUCUGUGCUGUGUUGUAGGCCUUACGUCUGCAGUAAAUCUGAGCUGAACAUUUCAGUCUAUUCCGUUGAAACAACUAGAGCCUAUUGUAAUAAAAAUUCAAAUCUUAAUUGGCGCAUUUCAAAAAACCGUCCUUUUGUGAGGCGCAGCCGGGAACUAGUUCUGUACGAUGGUGAUUGGUGGAGGAUCCUCCAUCGUUCAAAUCUCCAGUUUGGGAACAUCUUGUCAUGAAAGUAAGAUUAUAACGGUGAUGGACAGAGUUGUGGAUAAAGCGUUAACAGUCUCCACGCAGAAGGAGAAUAGCUGCUGCCAACACCUCCGACAUGUUGACACCCACAUCACCCCAGUAUAGUGUAGCAUGACGGAGCACCUCCAUGACACCCACAUCACCCCAGUAUAGUGUCGCAUGACGGAGCACCUCCAUGACACCCACAUCACCCCAGUAUAGUGUAGCAUGAAGGAGCACCUCCAUGACACCCACAUCACCCCAGUAUAGUGUGGCAUGACGGAAACACAAAGAAUUCACUCCACCUCCCGUCUGCAUUCAGCUGUUUCUGACCGGGCCAAAGUUCAGAGCGAUAGGUAGGCAAUGUUUAUAUUUUUUACAGUCUUGGGGUUUAUUGCGUGGAUAUGUGUCCGUUCUCGGGGGGUUGAGAAUAGGGCCUUUCAGCACCUCGUCAAAUUGCUCCACACCCACGUUACCAACUUCCCUCAUUUCAUAAAACGGGUAGUACCCACGUUAUAUAAGCAAGCCAAAGUUUUCAAUGAUUUGGCCAAUGUACCCUGUGUUGUGCUUGGUGACAUCCUGUCACAUGACCCCGGAGUAGGCGAUGUCCCAUGCUACAGACACGCCCCCUUUACCAAAGUGCUGCAGGCAGUGUCGUGGUGCGUUUGGAACCAACUGGGAAGUUGCCACAUACGACUGGGUUAAAUCUACUUCAAUGUCCCUCCAACUGGUAAUUACUAGUGGGAAAACUCCCACUUCUCCCACAUGCUGACCUCACCUACUAAAGGACAUAUUCAGGCAGUUAAAUGCAACAAAACAUUAUUUAAAAAUAGCAGUGGUUUUUGAACUAUAAUUUGUUUAAAAGCUGUACUUUUAGGAGGACGCAGCUUGUUGGCCGUUAGCCAAUCGACGAUUCUCAACAAGUUCAAAUCACACGAAUGGUCCCACUGGUAUUUAUGACGACACAACUGGUAAAUGCCCUCAUGGUUACAAACUCCGCAUCAGAGUGGGAACUUGAGAGGCCUGACAUAAGUGUGAAUGCUGAACAUUGUGAAGGGCGUUUCAUGUGGAGGCGGAGGGUGCAGUUGACAUCUUCCCUUAGUAAUAUGCACUUCCUGCCUUCUCUGUUUUUACUUCAAUCCAAUCGUCUGAAAAAGUAGUUUUCACAAUGUGAAGAUAAAUCAGUGUCAUCAUUUUGUACAAGGUCCCUGAUUAAAAGCUUUUUUUGUA